CGCUUUGGCAAACCAUUUGUAGCGCUCACGGGCACGCUGACUUUUUUUCUUCUUUUCUUUUUAGCCAAGUUUGAUGAAGUAGUGAUUCCAUAAAAAUGAACCCGGAGAAGCGCCACGUCCUGCUGCUGUGGAUGCUGGUCUGCUCCGGUAUGACCGAGGCGAUCGAGCCCAUCAGCACCAGCAUAGCGGUAGGCAUGGCCGCGGCUCUCACCGGGUUCUUAGCCAGCUACCAGAACAUUUUCUAUUAUUUCAACGAGUGCUGUCGACCCGAGUGGAUUUCUUUCAACAAGACAGGUUUCGAGGUUGACCUGGAAAGCAAACUGUUCGGACAGCACAUUGCAUCACGCGUCAUCCUGAAAGCUGUGAAUGGAUUCAUGAGAGAUGACAACCCAAAGAAGCCCCUGGUGCUCUCUCUGCACGGGCCGAGUGGAACAGGAAAGAAUUUUGUUAGUAAGCUGAUUGCUGCCCAUAUUUACAAGAAAGGAAUGGACAGCAGCUACGUUCAUGUGCUUACAUCUGAACUUCACUUCCCACUUCAAAGUCAAUUUGAGACCUACAAGACUCAGCUACAGCAGUGGAUCAAAGGCAAUGUCACAAACUGUGAACGCUCCAUGUUUAUCUUUGAUGAGAUGGACAAGAUGCAUCCUGGCUUGAUUGACAGCAUAAAGCCGUACCUGGGGUACCACAACAACCUGGAUGGGGUUUCCUAUCGGAAAGCCAUCUUCAUCUUUCUCAGCAAUGCUGGAGGGAAGAGCAUCACACAGACAGCUUUAGAUUUUUGGAAAGCAGGACGAGAUCGAGAAGAAAUCAAACUAAACGAUCUGGAAACAGGGCUCUCUUCAUCAGUAUUCAACAGCAAUAGUGGCUUGGGGCAUUCAGGUUUGAUUACCAAAAACCUGGUGGACUUUUUUGUCCCGUUCCUGCCUCUGGAGUACCGGCACGUCGUUCAGUGUGUCAUGGCUGAGAUGAAAGCCAAAGGACUUCAUCCAGACCAGAAGGUGGCAGACAAAGUGGCCAAAGAUUUGUUGUAUUUUCCUAAAUCUGAAAAAGUGUUCUCUGUCAGUGGCUGCAAGACGAUAUGUACAAGAUAUCACAACUACAUCUAAUGCUAAUAUCUGAUGGAUGCAUAUGAUUACCUAGCUCUGGGGAGUUUACUCCCCGGAGUCCUUAUGUUUCUUCUUUUGCAGGGAAUUGCGCAGAGCUAUGCUCUUACGAUUCCCUGAAAUGCCCAGCUGCGUCCUGUUGCAUCCUGCU